GCGUGGAGCUUUUGUGCGCAGUGAACGGAAGUUGCAGCAAAUCAGAAGUUGUUUGUUGAUCAUUUCAGAGUCAUUGGGUUGGUUCUGAUGUGAUCCGGUCCGGCAGGGUUCGUUGAGAAACAUGUCUGGGGGAGACCGGCGGGGUUACUUCCUGUUCCAGCUGCCCUCCUCGGUCAACUGGGAGUUCUGCCGGGUCAUGGAUGGGCUGUUGGACCUGGACUGGACCCGGUUUGCCUCAGAGGUCCUCAAAGACCAGACAGUGGUGCGAUUGGCUGAGCGGAGAGAGAGACGGACUGACUGGGUGAUGAACCAAUGGGAGAACAGGAACGGUCGAGUUGGGGAGCUGAUCGACCUGCUUGAGUCUCUGCAGCUCUUCAGACCACGGGACGUCAUCCUGAGCUGGAUGCCAAAUAUUAAUCCUCCUCCUCCUCCUCCCCCUCCUCCUCCUCCUCCCCCUCCUCCUCCUCCGUAUGAGGUGUUGGCAGCUCAGCCCACAGUUGAUUGUUCAGCCAAAGAAGAAGGACGACCGCUACCUGGACCAGCCCCGCCCCCUGUCAACCUGUAUUCUGAGGACCAGCAGCAGACCCAGCAAACACACUGCGCUGCUGGUGAUCAUGAUGAUGUCAUUCCUCCUUUACCUGAGGCACCGUGCAGCACGAUCAGCACCGUUAUCUGCUGGACAUAUGAAGAGGUGCAUGCUGGGACACAGGGGUUCUCGCCCAGCCUCCAGGUCGGAGAGGGAGGCUUCGGUGUCGUAUACCGAGCGUCUCUCAGGAACAUGGACUGCGCCGUCAAGAGACUCCGACAGGACUGCCAGAUGGACUGGACCCUUUUAAGGAAAAGUUUCCAGACUGAAGUGGAGAAUCUGUCUAAGUUCAGGCAUCCGAACAUUGUAGAUCUACUGGGUUUCAGUGAAGGAGGAGGAGGACUGAUGUGUCUGAUCUACAGCUACAUGGAAAACCAAUCACUUGAAGACCAGCUACAUAAUGCAUGUAUGGUUCUCUCGUGGCCUCUCCGAAUCAGUAUUGUGGAAGGAGCUGCAGCAGCACUUCAGUUUCUGCACUGCCCCCCCUCAGGUCAGGAACCACUGAUCCAUGGAGACGUCAAGAGUUCUAACAUCCUGUUGGACCAGCAUUGGGUGCCAAAGCUUUCGGACUUUGGUCUGGCUCGGUACGUGCCACGCAUCCCACCUGGCUGCCCGACUCAGACGGCCUCUGUCGGUAAAACGACAACUGUGAGAGGAACGCUGGCAUAUCUGCCCGACGAAUACGUGAGGAAAGGAGAGCUGUGCACGGCGGUGGACGUCUACAGCUUUGGAGUGGUGCUGCUUGAGGUUCUGACGGGGCGGCGAGCUCUGGAACAGAACAGGACGUCUAGAGACAGAUACCUGAAGGACCUUGUGGAAGAAGUUGAUGACAGUCCAAACAGCUCUACCCCAGAAGCAUGGAGGAGACACCUGGACCGACGGCUGACUGCAGGAGGUACCACUGAGCCUGAUGGAUACCUGCAGGUGGCGACACUGGCCCGAAAGAGUCUGAACAGACAGAGGAAGAAAAGACCGGCUAUGACUGAGGUGUUCCACAAACUUCAGGACCUCCGCGGCAUUUUGAGGAAGAACUCCUCCAGCCCCCGACUACCCCAGCCCCCCCACCAGUCCUUCCCCAGGCCCCCCCGCUCCCUGGACUCCUGUGUUACUGCUGGUUCACAACAGACUCUUCCUUCCUCCUCCUCCUCCUCCUCCUCAUCCUCCUCUGCUUUUGGGGCCCUCACCCCUCCUCACCCGCUCCACUCCUCCUCCCUCGGCCCCCCCUCCCUGUCCCUUGCUGGCCCGUGUGAAACUGAUGAGAGCCGAGGGUUCUCUCAGUAUGAACUUCAAUCCCAGUUCAGGUCCAAUGGAACCAGUUACAGGUCUAAGAACCAGUGUCCAGCUGGACCUGCAGGGUCUCAGCUCAGCCAGCCUUCCGUUCCCACUGAGGACCAGUACAACUACCCUUUCCAACCCAACAGCACCUCCACGGACAGCUCUGGGCCCGGAGCAGCAGCAGGCGGGUUCUCCCCUGCUGGGUCACUGCAGUCCACCUCAGCUGGACCAACAGUUCUUGUGAAUCCCAGCAAACAACGACUGUUGGAGAAAAAGAGUCAGUACAAGGAGGGUUGGAUCAGAACCCCAGAACUGCUGUCCUUGGAGGACCUAUAUGGAGGGAGGAGCUCACAGGAUCUCCGAGGACCAGAGGAAAGUGAUGAGUUGGAGUAUCUUCCUGCUGGUCGCUCCUGAUGGGUUCCUGUGAUGGAGCUGGCAACAUUUCAUUGUUCUGACUGAUUAACCCCAAACUGUCGUCUGUAAUGGAGACAGUCCAGAAACACUGAUGAUCUGCUGCUUGCUGGAAUGUAAACACUCAUUUAUUCAGAUGGAAGAAACACAGAGUGUUGCAGUGUUUUCGUCCUGUUGGUGCUGAGCAGCUGCCUUCAUCAAUCAGUUCCUGGGGUAAAUGUUCCGAUUACACAUCUCAGCUCCUCUGUUAGAACUUGGGUUCCCCUGUAGCAGUUUGGCUCAACCCAGAUUUUUAUGUAAUCACUUCAGUUCUUCUGAACGUUCAUCUGAUGAACCAUAUUUAAUAUUGUUUGUGAAACUUUCUGCUGAAAUUUUUUGAUGCUAAAUAAAAAGAGACACAGAAGAAAA